GUAGGUUAUCAGUCAAAGUCCUCCCACUGUACAUUUUACACUGUUUGUUGUUGGAUGAGAGUUGGAUUCGGCUUGUCCAUUCGCCAUUGUCUAUAUCACAAAUUUAAGGUUAACUUGAAGGUGUCAAAUUGGUUGUCAGUUAAACAGAAUUUGUGACUCGUUAAUAUUCGUUUCGGUGAAAUAUUCGAUCAAUUGUAGUAAUUGUUUUGUUUUCUUACGUUUGGAAACGAUUACAAUAUCAAGAUAAUGUCUCUUCCUAAGCCACUUCAUGACUUAUUUGGAUAUAUUGAGAAGAAUAAGCGAAAGUUCAUAGAAAAUCUGAAGGAGGCUGUUAGCAUUCCGUCAGUGUCGGGAGUCGUAGAACAUCGGCCAGAUGUUGUCACCAUGGUGAAAUGGGCUGAGAAUCAGCUAAGAGGUUUGGGAGCCACUGUCCAACUGUGUGAUGUGGGAGUACAGACCAUGAUGGACGGACAGAAGAUCCCUUUGCCACCUGUUUUGCUGGGAGAGCUUGGCAAGGACCCGGCCAAGCCAACACUGUGUCUAUACGGUCAUCUGGAUGUGCAGCCUGCAGCGAAGGAGGAUGGAUGGAAUACCGAUCCAUUCCGGCUUGUGGAGAAGGAUGGCCGACUGUACGGUCGGGGUAGUUCAGAUGACAAGGGUCCAGUGCUGGGCUGGCUACACGCUAUCGAGGCUUACCAGGCAACUAACCAAGACAUUCCAGUCAACAUCAAGUUUGUGUUUGAAGGCAUGGAAGAGUCAGGAAGUCUUGGGCUGGAAGAUUUGCUGAUGGAAAAGAAAGAUACCUUCCUGAAAGGAGUGGAUUAUCUUUGUAUAUCUGACAACUACUGGUUGGGAACCGAGAAACCUUGUAUAACCUACGGCCUUAGAGGCAUGAGCUUCUUUGCCGUCGAGGUGGAAUGUGCCAAGAAAGACUUGCACAGUGGCCUUUAUGGUGGGACUCUGACUGAAGCCAUGAGUGAUCUGAUAUAUAUUCUCAACACUCUAGUUGAUGUGAACGGCAAAAUUCUUAUAACAGGAAUUUACAAGGACGUAGCUCCAGUCACAGACGCUGAGAAAGAAACAUACAAACAUAUAGAUUUUGAGAGUAAAGACUUCCAGGAAGAAAUCGGAUGUAACCAGCUUCUACAUAAUGCUGAAAAGGCAGCAAUUCUGAUGAGCCGUUGGCGUCACCCCAGUUUAUCCAUCCAUGGCAUAGAGGGAGCCUAUUCAGAACCAGGAGCCAAGUCUGUUAUACCCAAGAAGGUCAUAGGCAAGUUCUCACUACGACUUGUGCCUAACCAGGAUCUCAAGAAAGUUGAGGCAUGCGUUAUUGACUAUCUGAACAAGAAGUGGGAAGAACGAAAAAGUGCCAACAACUUCAAGGUGACGCACAUGCACGGAGGAAAUCCGUGGAUGUCUGACCCCAACCAUCCCCACUAUGAGGCUGCCAAGAAAGCCAUCAAGCACGCCUACAACGUGGAGCCUGACCUGACUAGGGAAGGAGGAUCCAUACCCAUCACACUCACCUUGCAGGAUAUAACUGGCAAGAGUGUCUUGCUAUUACCAAUGGGAGCUUGUGACGAUGGAGCACAUUCACAGAACGAGAAGAUUGAUAUUCGCAACUAUAUUGAAGGGACAAAAAUGAUGGCAGCAUAUUUAUUUGAAGUUGGAAAACUGGGUAAAUCAGAUUAGUUCUUGGAUUAUACAAACAGAGGCCUAUACACUGUUAUUAAACAAUGAAAUGUUAUAAACUAGUACUGGUGGAAUGACUGAAAAAAAUGAUUGUAAUACAUUUUUUACAAACUGAGUAUAUUAUAUAAUACUGUUUUACAUAUAUAGUGCACUAUAUAUAUUUUUAAAUGAGUAAAAUACAGAUUAUGUACUUUUA